AUGGCGCUCCCUCGCGGCUUCUUCACUGCGGCAACGCUCGCCCUCGUCGCCCUCCUCGCGGCGUCCCUCCUCCCCGCCUCUCAGGCGCGCAAGGACGCGCUCAGCUCCGCGGACGACGCUUCCGCCGCGCUCUCCACGUCCGCCUCCGCGGACGCCGCCGUCUCUAAUGCCGCGGGCGGCAUGAGCGGCGCGGAGGCGAUCGCUGAUAUGACCCAGCGCCAGGGCCCGCGGAUUCUUCACUAUGAGUCUUAUCACGCGGAUGAGCCUCUCCCGGAGCACCUGAAGGAUAUGGAGGUGCACAGGCGCGAGCUUCAGUCUAACCCCCCCCUUACCGAUAAUUGCGGCAGGACGACCCUGAGAAUCGCUCAGAAGUACGUGGGCGUUUGGUAUCAGAAGAACUACAUCUUCAAUCUGACCAUGGUCAACAGGUGCAAGUACAGCAUCGUGAGCCCGCUCAUCCUCUUCAACUGCUUCGACUUCGGCAAUCUGAUGGUUGGCUCGCUCGACAACCCCGCGCGCUACCCUUCACGGUUCCAGAACGUUCCGGUCUUCAGCCCUUGCUGCGUUGAGAGGUUCAAGAAGGGCAACUGCGCGAUUCAAUUCAACCAGGGCCCCAGGGGUAAUGUCCAGUUUUACCCCGGGCAGACUCAGAGCUUUCUUUACGCGUGGAAUUACCCGGUUGAGCCGUGCGUUCGGGAGCUGCACUUUGCGAACGGGGAUACGUAUUUCAUGCCCGACGAGUUUGUGCGUACGGAGUGUACUCGUCCUGUUUUGUAUGGUGUUCCUAAGUAG